GGGUUGGGGCUGGAUGCUCUUCCCCUCCCUCGGCGACCGAGCCCCCUGUGAACGGUCCUCUUUCCAUACCCUCCCUUCACUCAUCCCCGAAGAGAGAUCGUUCUCCUUCCGACCCUAGUGGAAUUUCCCGGCGAUUCCCGGAAGGCGAUCAAGGGUUCCGGUGGAGGAUUGGUGAUGGUUUUGCCUGAGAACUCCAACUGGGUCUUCGACGGUUCUCUGAUCGACGACAUGUCGGCGCCUGGGACCGGGUUCUACUGGACUCCCCAGGGAAUCAACAGUUCCUCCAAUGCUAGGAUUAUCUGAUUUCUGUAGAGCACGUGACUUUUUCUUUGUUAGUGUGGAAAUUAGCGGCUCCUUUGUAGAUUCUGGUGGCAUUAAAGAGUCAGGCUCCAAGAAACGUGUCAGGUCAGAAUCUUCCAGUCAGCCAGGAUCCAAAGCCUGCAGGGAGAAACUGAGACGAGAUAGGUUGAAUGAUAGGUUCUUGGAGUUGGGAUCGAUUUUGGAGCCAGGAAAACCACCAAAAAUGGACAAAGCAGCUAUCUUAAGUGAUGCUGUCCGCAUGGUGACCCAGUUGCGUAGUGAAGCACAAAAGUUGAAAGAUUCAAAUGAGAAUCUACAGGAGAAGAUCAAAGAACUGAAGGUUGAGAAGAACGAGCUUCGUGAUGAGAAGCAGAGGCUGAAGGCAGAGAAAGAGAACCUAGAGCAGCAAAUAAAGAUGUUAAAUACUCGAGCAAGCUUUGUAGCACACCCUCCUGUAAUUCCAGCGGCUUUUGCUGCGCAAGGGCAAACAGCAGCACACAAGCUAAUGAUGCCCGUUAUCAGCUAUCCUGGAUUCCCUAUGUGGCAAUUCAUGCCGCCAGCGGAUGUUGAUACCUCAAAGGAUGCUGAAUCAUGUCCUCCAGUUGCUUAAGAUCAUUCAUAACUACUUGAUUAGCUAAUUUCUUUAGCAACUGCUUUACUUCUUUGGCUCGUGUAAACAUUGUUUCAUUUAUAUCUGAGGCUUGGCUUGUCAGUAGUAUAACCAUGAAUUGAAGUUGUUCGAACUUGAAAUAAAUUGGGACUGUCUCGUGGUCAACUGUAAAUUGUAGUAAUCAAAAAGAAAUCCCGGAACCAUUGAGAUUCUUA